UAGAGAGAGGCGGAGGGAGUGCUUUACUGCAGUGUAACUACAUUUCUGCACCACUCAUCAAAACUCUGCGGCAUGCAGACUAGAGCCGGGGGGGAGGGCACUUGUUAGGUCUGUACCGGGUGUUGGACCUCUUAUCAAUUCCUCUUACAAAACAGGCCUUGUGUUUUUUUUUACUUUCAUUUUUCUUCCAUUUAUUUGUGUGUCCUGACUUCCUGCGCAAAGCCACAGUGAUACCACAGGGUCUGAGCAGUUGUUGCAUCCUACCAGCGCGUUUUACAUCAAGGCUUUUGGAGACAAGAUGGCAAAAGAUGGAGACAAAAGCGAGUGGAAGGAGUUUGUAUGGAACCCAAGGACCAGGGAGUUUCUGGGUAGAACGGCGAGCAGCUGGGGUCUCAUUUUUCUCUUCUAUUUAGUCUUCUACAUCUUCCUGGCUGGCUUGUUUGCUCUCACCAUGUACGUCAUGCUGCAGACUCUGGAUGACCACAAACCCACCUGGCAGGACCGGCUCUCCACACCAGGUCUUGUGAUUAGACCUCAUGCAGAUGAAACCUUCGAGAUUGUCUACACCAUCCAGGAAACGGAGAGCUGGGACAUGUAUGCUCAAACGCUGGACAAGUUCCUGUCAGCCUACAACAACACCGUCCAGGCCCAGAAAAACCACCAGUGCACACCCGACCAGUACUUCCAGCAGGAGGACAGCGGCGAUGUGAAGAACAACCCGAAGCGCUCCUGUCAGUUCAACCGCACCAUGCUCGAAAUAUGCUCUGGACUCCAAGACCGUUACUAUGGAUACCAGGAUGGCCGGCCGUGUAUCAUCAUCAAGCUGAAUCGGGUGAUUGGGCUGCUGCCAGGAAAAGAUGGACAGGCUCCAUUUGUCACAUGUGGUCCUAAGAAAGAUGACGCUGACAAAAUUGGAGAGUUAGCCUACUUCCCUGAGAAUGGCACCUUUAACCUCAUGUACUACCCGUACUAUGGAAAGAAAGCGCAGGUGAACUACUCUCAGCCUCUGGUCGCCAUCAAGUUCCUAAACAUCACCCUCAAUGAAGAUGUGAACAUCGAGUGCAAGAUCCACGCCAACAACAUUCCCACUGGAAGUGAAAGAGACAAGUUUGCUGGGAGAGUGUCUUUCAAGCUGAGGAUCAACACCGUCUUCUAGGUUGAACCCCCCACCCCCCACCCCCACCCCCUCCUUCCUGAAAAAAACCCAACAACUUUCUUCCUUCUCUGCAGCACUGCACACACAGAAAAGAAAAUCGCAGUAUUCACACCCUUGGUAUGAAUUGUUUUAUGCCCUCAUGAAUUUAUUUAGUUGUUUGUUCUGCUUGGGAGGAAAUUGUUGGGCGAGAUUAAAAGGGUGCUAAUUCUGUCAUUGUUUCUGUCGGUGAGCGUUCAGACAAGUUAUUUUCUGUAAAUUAGUGACAUUUAUUUAUACUGCAUGAUGAACUAAGGGAUGAAAAACGUCCGAGGGUCAGUGACAUCACAGGAGAACCGCUGCUCCCCUCCUGCUGCCUCCUCACAGAGAAUCCCUCUCUAUACACCCUAAAACAAAAACUCAGAGCGUGUAUAUCUACAGUAUUUAUACGGCAUCAUAACCUUAUAGCGGCAAGUCAGUUUUGUUGCACUUACGUAAAAAGAAUAAUCCAGCAUUUAUCUCGAGGGACGGACAAAGCCAUUUGCAUGUGUCUUUAGUGUGUCUCGGUAACUGAACGACUGACCGCCAGGAGGGACCACGCUGCAAAUAUGUGUGAACAGGAUAAUGCGUCAGAAAAGUUCACGAGGAAUAAAGGAGUGUGUGUGUGUGUGUGUGUGUGUGUGUGUGUGUGCGUGUGUGUGCGUGUGUGUGUGUGUGUGUCAUGUACAGGUCCCAUUUCUUACAGUAGGUCGGGAAGUUGCAUGCAAUGUGCAAUACUCAUUAAGCAUCAUACAAUAUGAAUGCUUGGGUCCAUUCAUCAGAUGACUCCUAUUGAGAGUACUUGUGUAUGAUCACGUGGUGUUUGCACUGAGAGCAGCGGGUUAAACAGACAAGAUUCACCUUUAGUUUGCUCACAUUAACUCCAGAUUAAUAAAGAUAAAAAAGCCAUACAUCCGUCAUCCUUCAGAAUUUAGGAAAAUAUCUAAACUUCUACUUGAAUGAGCUAUUUGGGUCUCAGAGUGUUAUUUAUUUAUUUAUUUAUUUAUUUCUAAGCCCAGUUGCCCAUCUGAAUGCAUUAUGAAGAUGGUAAAGGAUUUUGCUCAUAUUUUCUUGUGUACAAAAUUGUAUUCAUUUAAAAUAUUUAUUAAUAUUUAGCUUAAUUUUAUGUUCUGUGUUUUGCAUCAAUUUCCUUUUUGUCAGAAAAUGAUCCAGUUUUCUUAUUGUUUUCUAUUGUUUUAAACGAAAACUGUUUCCCUCCUCUUUGUGAAUGCAUUUGCAGUCUUUGGUGGAGGAGGUAGGCGGUCUGUUGCUUUGUUUCAGUCAUACUCAUUCCCACCUUCGGUCAAUAGUAGACUGUCUAUAUUUUACUCGGUUUUAUUGGGAAAUGACAGAAAUCAUCAGCUGCUGAUAAUGAAUAUAGAAACACAUUUCUUUAAUGUAUGUUUUUGUUUUAUUUUUCUGCUCUUGCAUCAGUUUGAGGGGAAAAACCACCAAGAUGAAGAUUAAAAACAAGUCUGAGUCUCUAAAACAUCACUGGAGUCAGAUUUUUAAAUGCUCUUUGACUGACCGAUUCGUGUCAGCACAGCAAGAGGACAACAGGCUGCUGAAGUCUGAGCAACACUGUCCUCGAUGGUUAGAGUUCUCGUGUUAAAACAGAACCUUGUUGCCAGCUCCUGUUUCAACAGUCAAUCUAAAGAGACCAUUAGUACCUGAAGGGGCUCAUUCAGAAGGAUCUGCCCUGGAGAACGUUUAGUUCUCAGCUUUUGUGAGUCCUCUCUGGCCGGUUCACAUGCCUUCUUUCUCUGGAACACUUAUUUAAUUUCACUGUAAUCUCUUAAUCUGGCCAGAUAAUCCAGAGCAGGCACGCUGAACUUCUUUACCCUACUUUUGUGGGUCCUCCUCCUCUUCACGUCAAACGCCUGAUUCACCUCUUCAGAAUAAAAAUAAUUUAUCGUCAUCAUCAUCAUUAUUAUAAUAAUUAGCUUUGAACCACAAACCAAAACUGGUUGAAUCCUCUCACUGGACGCUCAAGUUUCAGUCAAAUACUCUUCAACCAAAGAUAUUAGUGAUAAUUGGACUUGUGCUUGUCUGUUUUUCCCUUUUUUCUGAGAAGAUCUCAGCAGAAGGUCAGAGAUCCAGCAGGAGGGAAAAACCCUGAGACCCUAUAAAAGGUCUCCUGUUAUAUAACAUCACGCACAAAAGGAACAGUGCCUCCUGGUGGACAGACACAGUUGUUCCCAGUGUCUGAAUCUUAUAUCCUCUUUAUCUCCAUUUUUACUUUUUUUUUGUUUAUUUACUAUAUUUGGAGAUAUUGUCAAAGAGCAAUAUUUUUAUUUCAUGUGUGUGAAUAAUUAGUGGAAAGGUUGCAAAAAAUUGAUGCAACUAGUAUCAUCAAAAGCAAGGGUGAAAGAGAAAGAGAAAGCAACGUGCUCGAUUCAGGCAGGCAAUAACAAAUCAGUUGCUUUGUUUAUAAAAGAAAACAGAUUUUUGCUGUCAGGGAGAGAGGAUGUGUUAGCUCAGACCUUUUGUUCGUUUUUUUGCCAUCAACUGAGCUAUUUCUGCUGGUUUUUAUUUGUUUAUUUUUAAAAUGGGCUUCUAAAGCUUGCAAUCAAAGUUCAAUGAGGAUUUAAACCUCAAAUGCACUUUCAAAACUGCAAAGGUGCACAGAGCUGGAGAGGGGCGACUGUAUAUGUUACAAAUAAAACACAACCUGCACAUUUCCUCUUCUAGUUCCAUUGCACUGUUGCUAUGAAAGAAUUCUUCAAGAAAUAAAAAUGAUGAAACUCGUUCUAAUUGUUGCCCAAAUGGCUGAAAAAUAAAACCCUGGAUUGUUUAUUUCUUGCUCUUAUCACUUGUAUAUUUUUGCUCAUAUUUAAUGCAAUCCAAGAUAGAGAAAUAAAUAAAAAGUCAUAUAAGGGAACUCAAA